CUCCAUCUUCUCUCAUUCUACGCUCAAUUGUCAUCAUAGUAUAACGCAGUCAGUUCGUUUUCCGCUGUACUGAUAUUGCUUCAUAGUUUUAACCCGUUUAAAAUUCAUUCAUAAGAGCGCAAAUAAAUACGAAUUUCGGUGUUAAACUGUAAAUGCGUUUCCGGAAAGCUUUGUAGUUACAUAUUUACUUAAAGCAAUUUCAUGUGGAUUUUAAAUAUUAAAUGUGCAACGAUCACCGAUAAUUGAAUAAAACCCAAGUGGAUUUCAUAAACGAUAUUUAAAUAUUGAAUUAUAUUUAAAAAAAAUUACAAUUCUUAAUUUGAAACGUGAAUCAUAUCAACAUUCUUGAAAUGGAUUACGCUAAUGCGGAAGAUGAGGCGGGAAACCAAACUGGGAUAGAUAAAACAGAAUUUUCUCCCUUAUUUUUAAUAUUCGCUGGCGUUAUAACUUUCAUCAUUAUGAUCGUAGGAAUAAUUGGUAAUUCUCUUACCGUGGUUGCUUUAUGUAAAUGUCCAAAAGUCAGAAACGUUGCUGCGGUUUUUAUAAUAAGCUUAUGCAUGGCCGAUCUAUUGUUUUGCGCUAUAGUACUCCCAUUCAGUGCAUUGAGAUUUAUUGAAGGCACAUGGACCCAUGGACGAUUCCUAUGUAAAAUAAUACCAUUUAUUCAGUAUGGAAACAUUGGAGUUUCAUUAUUAUGCAUAGCAAUGAUAACAAUCAACAGGUACAUAAUGAUCGCCCAUCAUGCCUCGUAUGCGAAAAUUUACAGAAAACAUUGGAUUGCUGCUAUGAUUAUUUUUUGUUGGAUGUUUUCGUACGGCAUGCAGCUGCCAACUUUACUAGGAGUAUGGGGAAAAUUUGAUUACGACCAAAAGUUAGAAACAUGUUCCAUUAUGAAUGAUAGCCAUGGGCGUAGCAGCAAAACUACACUUUUUAUCACUGCAUUCCUUAUACCAGCCAUUGUAAUAAUCGCUUGUUACACAAAAAUAUUUUGGGUUGUACGUCAAUCAGAGCUUCGACUUAAAGUACAUUCCACUCAGCAAAACUCGAUUCCAAAUAAUUUAAGAUCUGUACAGGCGCCGACGAGCGCGGUUGUGGAAGCUGAACAGAAUAGAGUAUCAUCUAAUAUUGCUUCAGAUAGUAGUAUAUCUACUGAUACGAAACAGGAUGUCAUAAAAAAACCGACUCGCAUUAAGGAUCAACGAGAAAUGCGAGCUAGGCGAAAUGAGUGGAGGAUAACUAAAAUGGUUUUGGCCAUAUUUUUGUCCUUCGUUAUCUGCUAUCUGCCAAUAACACUCGCCAAAGUAGCCGACAAAAAUGUGGAGCAUCCGAAUUUCCAUAUUUUCAGUUAUAUUAUGCUUUAUUUGUCCGCAUGUAUAAAUCCAAUAAUUUAUGUUAUUAUGAACAAGCAAUAUAGAAAGGCUUACAAGACAGUAAUUUUGUGUGAGCCCGCAAAGUUAUUGAAACUCGGAAAAGCGACUAUUGGAGGAAGCAGCGCAGCAGAGAAAUGGAAAGAUACCGGAUUGAGCAACAACCACAGUCGCACAAUGGUCUCACAAAUAUCUCUGGGAGAGCAACAAAUGUGCAACUCGAGCAAUAUGCACCAACAGCAACAGUGCAUCUCCAUGGACAACAGAACAUUCACAAAGGCCACAUUGGAAGAUGUGCAUACGAAAGUGGAGGAGAGUGCAGUUAUCAAAAGCAAUCAAAAACUUUCUCCCAUCCCUCCAUACGUAACAGCAGCGUGCCAGUCACCCAACCCUUCCGUUUACAAACAAAAAACGCCGAGCAAAGAUCCCAAUCGAUUAGUCACACUCGGGGACGACAUAAUCUUGGAGGAAGAGGAGGAAACUGCAGCUCCGCCUCAACAGGAACCGUCAACUUCCAAAAUAGAGAAGGCAGGUGCCUUGAAGAAAGUCCCAUAUUAUGGUCAAAAUAUAAAUGUCACUCCAGAUAAUGAAGAAGACAAGCUCACAGAUAAGCCAAAAAUUUAAAAGACUUUCACUGUUAUUAUAACAAACAAAAAUAUUUUUGUACAAUAGAUUAACUUAUUAUAUAUGUAUAAAUAUGAUUAAGGAGUUAAUUAAAACUAAUUAACAAAAAAUUUGAUUUGAAAAUCAGGAUUUUAGAUAGAUUAUACGCAAUUGUUAAAAUAUGCUUGUACCUGUCAAAAAAAAAA